CUGCAUUGCAGGAUUUGGCCAAGCAUCAGCACUUCAGCAGCUAGCUAGGUCACUUCACUUGAGCUAAAGAAGCUAGUGCAUAGCAGCCGCACUUGACCAUCCACUACUUGGGAAAAAAAAUUUGCUGCAAACAUGUCGGUGUCACGUUUCGUCCUCACCGUUCUCGUCGUGGCCAGCGUGUGCACCGCCGCCGCUCCCCGUGCGCUCGCGGUUCGCGAGCUGGCCGGGGAGGAGGAGUCCGCUGCGGUCGCCGCCGCGAUGGUGUCGCGGCACGAGAAGUGGAUGGCGGAGCACGGGCGAACGUACACGGACGAGGCGGAGAAGGCGCGGCGGCUGGAGAUAUUCCGGGCCAACGCGGAGUUCAUUGACUCGUUUAACGAUGCAGGGAAGCACAGCCACCGGCUGGCCACCAACAGGUUCGCCGACCUCACCGACGAGGAGUUCCGGGCGGCCAGGACCGGGUUCCGGCCGCGCCCGGCGCCGGCGGCGGCUGCCGGGAGCGGCGGGCGGUUCAGGUACGAGAACUUCAGCCUGGCGGACGCGGCGCAGAGCGUGGACUGGCGGGCCAUGGGCGCCGUCACCGGCGUCAAGGACCAGGGAGAGUGCGGUUGCUGCUGGGCGUUCUCGGCGGUGGCGGCGGUGGAAGGGCUGAACAAGAUCCGGACGGGGCGUCUGGUGUCGCUGUCGGAGCAGGAGCUAGUGGACUGCGACGUCAACGGCGAGGACCAGGGCUGCGAGGGCGGGCUCAUGGACGACGCGUUCCAGUUCAUCGAGCGCCGCGGCGGGCUGGCCUCGGAGUCGGGGUACCCGUACCAGGGCGACGACGGGUCGUGCCGCUCGUCCGCCGCCGCGGCGCGGGCGGCCUCCAUCCGGGGCCACGAGGACGUGCCGCGCAACAACGAGGCGGCGCUGGCGGCGGCCGUGGCCAACCAGCCCGUGUCCGUGGCCAUCAACGGCGAGGACUACGCGUUCCGGUUCUACGACAGCGGCGUGCUGGGCGGGGAGUGCGGCACGGACCUCAACCACGCCAUCACCGCCGUCGGGUACGGCACGGCGGCGGACGGAAGCAAGUACUGGCUGAUGAAGAACUCGUGGGGCACGUCGUGGGGCGAGGGCGGCUACGUCCGCAUCCGGCGCGGCGUCCGCGGGGAGGGCGUCUGCGGCCUCGCCAAGCUGCCGUCCUACCCCGUGUAAUCGCCCAGCGGCCGCCGUGCGUGCGGGCCGAUCGCGUCCACCAACGCAACCAUCGCAGCAUACAGUACGCAUGGUACUGUUACAUCUCUAUCAAGCGAUGCACGCAUGACCAUGAUAUGCCUAUGACUAGCUACGAAUUUACUAUUAUAUAUAUAUAUCCUAUGACUACGUAUAGUAGAUGGUUACAUAGUGAUGGUCGAAAUCAUGACCCAAUGCAAGCAUCAUAUAUUGUACUCUCAGCCAUAAUUAAGAACGUCGCUGAGGUAUUGUAAUGUACAGAUUGGCUUGAAUAUAAUGAAACCAGUUAAGUGUAAACAAAAA